UGGAGAAUCAUUUUUCCAAAUAGAUCUCCGAUUAAAUAAAAAAAACCCUAGGCCUGGAGUUUGUGCAAUCGAAAUUCUAGAAACCCUUUUCAUUCGAUUUACUCUGGAUUGAGGAGAAUUGGGAAUUGGGUUAUCGUGUUGAUACUCUAUGCUAUUGAACUCGUACAGAAUCUAUUCAAUUUUCCCCGCUAAGUCGGCUCCUGAUUCGGCGGAGGUCUAGUCGGACGAGGCACAGUUCCCGGAGGACGUAGAAUCUUGUGAUUUUGGAGGUUGAUCAUGGAAAAAUCUGCACGGAAAGUUUUGUAUGAGAUCCGGCAUCAUGCUUCUGGUCCCUAUAUUCCUAGUUAUCCUCCUCUUCCUCAGGCUGAUGGAAACAGUGCUACAGGAGGGGUUCGAUCCCUUAUGUCCAUUAGAGGUGUCAGUCAGCUCAAGGAAAAGUGGGACGAGUAUUGGCAUCCGAGAAAAAAUCACAAACCAGCGUCAUUAUUUAUUUCUGCCGGAGGAGAACUUGUGGCUGUGGCUGCUGGAAAUCAUGUUACCAUCUUAAGAAAGGAGGAUGAUUAUAGGAAACCUUUUGGCACUUUCACGUCCAGUAUGUCAGGUUCAUUUUCUUCUGGAGUAUGGUCUGUUAGCCAUGACAUUCUUGGCCUUGUCGAUGAUCGAGGAACCCUCUUUUUCGUUAAAGCCAGCGGAGAAGAGAUAAAUCAAGUUACAAAAAAGCAUUUGAAGGUCUCCUCAUCAGUUUUAGGACUGAUUGAGGAUGAAUGUGGUCUACAAGGAUCUUUAUUGUGUUCAUUCACGCUGCUUACAUCAGAUGGGCUUCUUCAUCUUGUUGAAAUCAGUAGAGAGCCGAGUGCCUCUGCCUCCUCCAGACAUACUUCAAAUAGUGUUUCAGCUUUAAAAAGGCAGUUCCCUCAUCAAGUUUUUUGCUUUGAUUACCAUCCGAGUCUCUCUUUUCUUCUUGUCGUCGGUAAUGCUGUGGGCAGAUCAUCAGUGGGGAGUUCUGGCUCAUCAUGCAUUUCUCUUUGGCGAAAAUGUCAGACAGAUCUACAACUGUUGUUCACCACAAAGUUUGAAGGGGUAUUUGGCGAGGCAAAAGAUGACCAGUUGGCAUUUCCAAAAGUUUUGAUCUCACCUCGAGGGACACAUGUCGCUGCUCUUGGUAUUAAUGGGCUAGUACAUAUUUUCCAGAUGGAUAAAGAAGCACAUUCACUUUCAUAUUGUCUCUCUGAAGAGAGUUCCGGUUCACAUAAGACAGACAAACCAUUGCAAAGUUGGAAAGAAAGUUUAAGCAAUGUUGUGGAUUUUACUUGGUGGUCUGAUCACGCGCUUACUAUUGUGAAAAGGAGUGGCAACAUCAGUAUAUUUGACAUUCAUAGAGCUGACACUGUCCAAGAGGAUGCUACUGUUUAUUCAAUGCCCAUUGUGGAAAGAGUCCGGAGGUUCGAAGGUCACUUUUUCCUUCUUGAGAGUUCACCACAGAAAGCAAGAUCAGUUUCGUCCCAAAUUGGCCGAAACCCAAGUGAAUUGCUUAUUUCUAGUAACUGUGGGACAUUUUGGAGGCUAAUAUCAUUUACGGAGACAACUAUUCCUGAAAUGUAUAAAAUCUUAAUUCAGAACAGGCGGUAUCAAGAGGCAUUGGAUUUUGCUGAUAGUCAUGGUUUGGACAGAGAUGAAGUUUUCAAGUCAAGCUGGCUGAACUCGGAGAAAGGAAUAAAUGAAAUAAACAUGACCUUAUCAUACAUUAAAGAUAAGGCCUUUGUGCUGUCUGAAUGUUUAGAAAGAAUUGGGCCAACUGAGGAUUCUAUGAAGGCGUUACUUGCUCAUGGGCUUUGUCUUACUAAUUGCUAUGUAUUUUCUGAGUUGGAAGAACAGAAUUCUGAAGAGCAUUGGGAUUUUCGUUUGGCUAGGCUUCGCCUAUUGCAGUUUGAUGAAAGGUUGGAAACAUAUCUGGGAAUCAACAUGGGCAGGUUUUCAGUGCAGGAAUACAGCAAAUUCCGGAGCAGGCCUAUCAAUGAGGCUGCAGUUGCCCUUGCUGAAAGUGGGAAGAUUGGGGCCUUAAAUUUACUCUUCAAGCGCCAUCCCUAUUCACUUUCUUCUUCCAUGCUUAAGAUUUUGGCUGCUAUUCCUGAAACUGUCCCGGUUGAAACGUAUGCCCACCUUCUUCCUGGAAAGUCUCCUCCGACUAGUAUGGUGGUGAGGGAAGAGGACUGGGUUGAAUGUGACAGGAUGGUCAAGUUUAUUGAUAAAUUUCCCAAGAAUGGCGAGAUUAAUUCUCAGAUUAGAACCGAGCCAUUGGUGAGGAGGUGUUCGGGAUACUUUUGGCCAUCAACAGAAGAACUCAUUUUAUGGUACAAGAGUAGAGCUAGAGACAUUGACUCCUCCACUGGGCUGCUAGACAACUGCCUUUGCUUGAUAGAUAUUGCUUGUCGAAAAGGCAUAUCUGAGUUGGAGCAGUUCCAUGAGGACCUGUCUUAUUUGCACCAGAUAAUUUAUUCUGAUGAAAAUGGUGGCGAAUUCUGUUUCAGCUUGAGUCUUUUACGUUGGGAACAGUUAUCUGACUAUGACAAAUUCAAAAUAAUGCUCGAGGGAGUUAAAGAGGAUACUGUGGUCAAAAGAUUACAUGAAAGGGCGAUUCCAUUUAUGCAGAAAAUGAUUUCAGUGACAAACAACCAUAAUGAAGAUUCAUUGCUGGUUAAAUGGGUAAAAGAGAUGUCAAUGAAAAACAAUGUGGAAUUGUGCUUGAAAGUAGUCGAGGAAGGGUCUAUGAAUUUAUAUGGUGCUCGUUUUUUUAAGGAUGAGGUUGAAGCUGUUGAUUGUGCUCUGCAAUGUUUAUAUUUGUGCAAACUUACAGAUAAGUGGAGUACCAUGGCAAUACUGUUAUCAAAGCUACCUCAGAUACAUGAAACUCAUGCUAGAGACCUUGAGAAAAGGCUCAAAUUGGCGGAAGCUCAUGUUGAGGCAGGGAGACUUUUGGAACUCUAUCAGGUCCUGAAACCGAUGAAGUUUUUCCUUGAUGUUCAUUCGGAUGAAAAAUGUGUAAAGCAGAUCCUCCGUCUCAUGCUUUCGAAAUUUGUCCGUCGUCAACCUGGGCGGUCAGAUAAUGACUGGGCAUGCAUGUGGCGUGAUCUGCUGUACUUGCAAGACAAGGCCUUUCCUUUUCUUGAUCCUGAAUUCAUGCUCGCAGAAUUCUGUAGAGGACUUCUCAAGGCUGGGAAGUUUUCCCUGGCUAGAAAUUAUCUCAAGGGGACGGGUUCAGUUGCUUUGCCGUUAGAGAAAGCAGAAAGUCUUGUUAUCAAUGCCGCGAAGGAGUACUUCUUCUCUGCUCCUAGCCUUGCUUCUGAAGAAAUAUGGAAAGCAAGAGAAUGUCUUAAUAUAUUUUCUAGCAGCCGGACUGUUAAAGCAGAGGCUGAUGUCAUUGAUGCAGUUACUGUUAAGCUUCCAGAUCUUGGGGUUACUCUCUUACCAUUGCAGUUUAAGCAAGUAAAAGACCCCAUGGAGAUUAUAAAGAUGGCAAUCACGGGGCAACCCGGUGCUUAUCUACAUGUUGAGGAUCUUACUGAGGUUGCAAAACUUCUUGGGCUGAACUCUUUAGAAGAAAUAUCCUCAGUGGAGGAAGUUAUUGCUAGAGAAGCUGCAGUUGCAGGAGAUCUGCAGCUGGCUUUUGAUCUGUGCCUGGGUCUAACCAAAAAGGGGCAUGGUCCAAUUUGGGAUUUAUGUGCUGCAAUAGCUAGAGGUCCCGCACUUGAGCAUAUGGACAUAAGUUCUCGAAAGCAGUUGCUUGGCUUUGCUUUGGGACACUCUGAUGAUGAAUCAAUCAGUGAGUUAUUGCAUGCGUGGAAAGAUCUUGACCUGCAAGGUCAAUGUGAGACUCUGGGAAUGUUGACAGAAUCGGAUUCUCCAGAGUUUCAUGACAUGAAGGGUGCUAGUUGUGUAAGAGAUUGCCCUCAGAUCGUGACUGGACUAAGCAGUGAUCAACUCUUAGAUUUGGAUAGAGUCAAAGAUGCAAUUUUUAGUGUUGCCAAGGACUUGCCUGUCGAGAAUGGGAUGGACUUGGAAUCUCUUCUAAAGGAAAACGGGAAGCUCCUCAACUUUGCUGCUUCACAUCUUCCAUGGUUGCUUAACUUGAGCAAAAACAGGAAAUUUGAUAAGAAUCUGGCACCUGAUUCAAUCCCUGGAAAGCAGUUCAUGAGCAUAAAAGCUACUUCUCUUAUUACCAUUCUUUCCUGGUUGGCAAGAAAUGGUUUUACCCCAAGAGAUGAAUUGAUAGCCAUGAUUACAGAAUCGAUUAUUGAACAACCUGUAACCAAAGAGGCAGACAUUAUGGGAUGCUCCUUUCUGUUGAAUCUUGUGGAUCCUUCUUAUGCGGUAGAAGUUGUAGAAAAGCAGUUGAAAAUAAGGGGGAACUACUUAGAAAUCCGGAGUAUCAUGAGUUUAGGGAUGAUAUAUAGUUUACUACAUGACUCUGGUGUAGACUGCGUAGAUCCAACCCAGAGAAAAGAGCUGCUUUGGAAGAACUUCAAGAGGAAGCAGACGGAAUCACAGUCUGAUGAAAUACAAAAGAUUGACAAAGUUCAUUCAACAUUUUGGAAAGAAUGGAAGCAGAAACUAGAGGAGAAAAUGCAUGUAGCUGAUCGUUCUAGAUUGUUGGAGCGAGUCAUUCCUGGGGUUGAGGUGGAAAGGUUUUUGUCAAAUGAUAUUGACUACAUCAAGGCCACUGUUUUCUCACUCAUCGGAUCAGUGAAAUUAGAGAAGAAGAUGAUUCUGAAGGAUAUACAAACGUUGGCUGACACAUAUGGCUUAAAACAGCCUGAAGUGAUAUUGAGGUAUUUAAGUUCUAUCCUCUGUUCUGAGGUUUGGACAAAUGAGGACAUCACGACCGAGAUCUCACCCGUCAAGAAAGAUAUACUUGGCUUUGCUUCAGAGGCCAUUAGAAUCAUUUGCACGAUUGUGUACCCGACAAUUAAUGGACUUAACAAAGAACGCCUUGCCUAUAUGUAUGGCCUCCUUGCUGAAUGCUAUUGGCAUUUGGAAAAAACCAAGGGAGGUUCAUCAUUAGAGCAACUGGAUCAACCUCAUGGUUCCUCUAUCGGCUUAGCAAAUUUGUAUACGAUUCUUGAGCAAGAAUGCAGAAGAGUCUCGUUCAUCACGGACUUGGACUUCAAACACAUUGUAGGACCUCAGGGUUUGAACUUUGACAGCUUUAACAACGAAGUCCGUGCACAUAUCAACGAGAUCAACUUGGAAGCCUUGGCAAAAAUGGUAGAAACAAUUGUCAGUGUAUUUACGGAAAAGAUUCCGAGGGGUCUCAUAUCCUGGCAAGACGUCUAUACACAAUAUAUUAUGAACUUGUUGGACGCUGUGGAGAGUACAAGAUAUUUCAGUUUUGAAAAUGCCGAGAGUUUCCAUAGUUUUGUCAAUCAACUUGAGCAGACCUAUGAACACUGUCGAGUUUAUAUAAGGCUCCUGGAGCCCUUACAGGGUCUGGAGAUACUGACGCGGCACUUCACAAUUGUUUCACAGCAGAACAGUUCCAUCGUGAACGUACCCGAUAAUUCUGCAUGGCAGGAAUGUCUCAUCUUACUGAUCAACUUUUGGAUCAGAUUAGCUGAUGAGAUGCAGGAAGUAAAAUCAUCUGGUAAGAUUUCUGCGGAGAGUCUUAGCUUCAGUCCUGAGUACGUUAAGAGCUGUGUAAUGGUUCUGAUGAGACUAGUAAUGGAUGACAGUGUGUCCCCUAGUCAGGCUUGGUCUGCUAUUCUCGUCUACCUCUGCUGUGGUUUGGUUGGUGAUCCUGCUGUUGAAACUUUCAACUUCUUCAGAGCCAUAGUCUUCUCUGGUUGUGGGUUCGGACCCAUUUCUGAAGUCUUUUUCGAGUUAUCCUCCCAGUAUCCUGCGGCUUUGCCAGAUCUUCCGCACCUCUAUUUGAGCAUUCUUGAACCAAUUUUGCAGGAUUUGGUAUCUGGAUCGCAUGAAACCCAGAAUCUAUACCGGUUGUUAUCUUCUCUCAGUAACUCGGAGGGCAAUGUGGAGGAGUUGGAACGAGUUAGGUUCGUAGUUUGGGAAAAACUUGUAAGCUUUUCCGAGAACCUGGAGUUUCCGAGUCAGGUUCGUGUCUAUUCCUUAGAGCUUAUGCAGUUUAUCUCGGGAAAGAAUAUUAAGGGCUCAUCUUCUGAGCUACAGUCAAACGUUCUGCCAUGGGAUGGUUCAGAUGAGUUGUUAUUAUUAUCUAUGCGGAAGACUGAAACGGCAUUUGAGCAAACGCUUGAUCGGGCAGAUGGUUCUAACAGGCUGACAAAUACUCUGGUUGCACUUAAAUCGUCCCAGGUUGCUGCAAGGUCCAUCUCUCCUGACUUAGAGAUCUCCCCUGAGGAUCUCACAAGCAUCGAGACAUCAGUUUCCUGCUUCUUUAAACUCUCUGCGACUGUUGGUACUGUUUUACAAGCUGAUGCUCUUCUGGAGAUUUUAGAAGAGUGGGAAGAGCUUUUUGAUGAUAAGAAAGCUGAAGUACCACCAUCUAGCGAGAUAUCUGACCCGGGAAAGGAUGAUGACUGGGCCAACGACGAUUGGAACGAUGGAUGGGAAACGCUUCAGGAGUCGGAGCCUCUUCCAAAAGAAAAAGAGCUUGAUAGUGUCUCUGUUCAUCCUUUGCACUCGUGCUGGCUGGAGAUUUUCAGAAAGUACAUUGCUUUAUCGACACCUGAAAAUGUUCUACAGCUGAUAGACCGAACCCUUCAGAAACCCAAUGUGGUAUUGCUCGAAGAAGAGGAGGUUGAGACCCUGGCUCGGAUCUUAACUAACACCAACCCUUUUCUUGCUUUAAAGAUUUCUGUUUUGUUCCCAUAUGAACGAAUCAGGUCACUGUGUCUUGGUGUAGUUGAAGACAAAUUGAAGCAAGAAGGCAUCCCUGAAUCAUCGGGUCAGAGCAUGAACGAGGUUCUAUUGCUGGUUAUAUACUCGGGGACUUUCUCGACCAUCAUAUCAAUGUCUUCCUAUGGCACUGUCUUCUCCUUCCUCUGCAAUUUAGUUGGGAAUUCAUCUCGAGCUUGCCUAGAGACCUCAACGGAGAAGGACGAGAAAAAUAAAGCGAAUACUCCUGAGAAAGAUUUUCUGUUACAUUUUGCGGAAUUCAUCUUCCCAUGUUUUGUGUCAGAGCUCGUGAAGGCCGAUCAGCAGAUCUUGGCCGGAUUUCUUGUCACAAAGUUUAUGCACACUAACCCUUCCAUUAGUCUCGUCAAUGUUGCCGAGUCAAGUCUGAGAAGAUACUUGAAGAAGCAGCUCGAGACUCUGGAACGUACGGAGUUCUCUGCUGAGGAUACAGACCUUAAAACACUGAGAAACGUGAUUUCAAGGUUGAGGGAAAAAUCGAAGGAUGUUAUCCAAAUGGCAUUAACGUCUCUUUCUUCUUGCACAAGUAACAGAUGAUAUGAAAAGGAGAUGGGGCUACUCUGGUGUGGUUUCUUUGGGUAAGACAGCUUAAGUCAUACAUAAAUCUGUUCGCUGUUUUUUUUUUUAAUUUUAAUUAUGAGUUUGCUGGAAGAGUUGUUACAUUUAAGGAAUGGACAGUGUUUCGUUUUUGGUACUGAAUGUUUUCAUCAUUCAA